AUGAUAUUUUUUAUAUGCUUAUUAGCAACCGUAUUUUCUCAAAUGAGCCAUGAAGAGUCUAUUACAAUGAAAAUACAAAAUAAAACAGAAUUACCUCUAAUCAGCCUGACUGACAAAGAGCUUUCUCAUCUUUUAGACACUCAUGCAGAUAAUUGACUCAUUUUAUUUUAUGAUUCAGGAAUAAAAACUGCACAAAACCUCAUCAACACUUGGAAGAGAAGCGCUCAUGCUUUGCACCAAGAAAAUUAUAUGGAUAAUAUAGGGACUGUAGAUUUACGAAAAAAUUACACAAGAAAUUUCAUGAGGCUUGAUCUUUAUAUAUACCCAAAAGCAAUCUAUAUUAAUAAAGGAUUUUAUUAUAAUUAUACUGGGCCAAUUGAUGCUAAUGGUGUGCAAGAUCUCAUUAAAAAGAAAACUUAUUUGAAUCACACAAGAAUAAAAAUUCCUCCGCCUGCAACUUUUGCAAGCUUGAUACUAAAUGCAGCAAAGCAAAUCCAUGAAGGCAACCCAAAGGUUUUAAAAAUCUUAGGGGCAAUGAUGGCAAUCAUUUUGGUUUUUCCGAUAGUUUUUUGUAUCAAGCAAUGCCAAAAGCCUGAAAAAGAAAAGGAGGAAUAA